AUGUCUAUUCCGGCACCAAGUCAUGAGCUCGCUCAACUCUUUGGGACUGGGCCGCCCCUGGGGCUCGGAAGUUUUCAAAUCAUGCGAUGGGGUGCGAAAAACCCUCCAAAGGAUCCACAGGCUUCAUUUUCAGGCAAAAAUAUUAUGAUCACCGGUGCCAACUCGGGCAUAGGCUAUCAUGUCGCCUUGAAAUUUAUCAAACUUGGGGCAUCAAAGGUGAUCUUGGCCGUCCGAACACUUGAAAAGGGUUACGUGGCCAAGCAAAAUAUUGAGGCGACGAUGGGAGACGGGGAAUGUGAUCGUAUCGUUGUCAUGCAGCUCGACAUGAAUGAUUUCGGAAGCAUUAAGCAGUUCGCGACCAACUUGGAGCAGGAAGUCGGAGCUGAUGGCUUGCAAGUCGCCAUAUUAAAUGCUGGAGUUGCCCCUGGGACCUAUUCGGUGGUCAAGAAAACGGGCUGGGAAUCGGCGCUACAAGUCAAUGUUUUGUCGACAGCUUUACUCGCCAUCUGUGUUAUACCUCUCCUCAAACGGGGGUCAGAAAGAAAAGGCCAUCCAGCACAACUCACCCUCACAGGUAGCGCUGAGUUCAUCUCCGUGACACCGGAGGAUAUACCCGUCGAUUCACCUAGUGUGCUGGAUGCUUUGAAUGAGCCCGAAUCAUUCCAGACGCGGAGCUCAUAUCUUAUCACGAAGCUGUUGGUUGUUUAUGUGAUGCAGGGUUUGAUAGAGGAUUAUUUGGUUUCGGCUCCAGACCAGCCACUCCGUGUGGCUGUCAACGUGGUCUGCCCCGGGUACACAGUCACUGGAAUCUCCCGAGACCUUCCCUGGUAUCUAAAAACUGUCAUUGAAUAG